UCACAAUUGGCGAGUCCAUGAGGCUGGAGUCGUGGAGUGGAAUGCGGAGAUGAAUCUCGGAGGUGGGAAGGUGGUGGGUUGUUUUGGGGUUGCUGCUGGGAGGAAGCGACGGAGUGUUGUUCGUGCGCUGAGUCCUCGGUCGAGCUGGCGUCGUCAUGCCAUAAACCUCACAAAGCUCCGCGCACCAGCUUUUGAAGCCUCAUGAAACAGGCUAACAUGCCUUGAUUCGGUAAUUGAAGCUCCUAAAUUUGCAAUGGGGGACAAUAAUCGUAUUUAUGCUGUCGCGGCCUUCGCCGCUGGCGUCAUACUCACCCUCGGCUUCAAGGGCUUUUAUCCGGAUAUUGAACGACGAUUCCUAUGGCGGAGAGGAAGCAAUGCGCGGGCAGCAGCGCGCUCUACGACUGACCGCCAGGUGCAAUUGGAAGACCACACGCUUCAGGCUCGUGGAGACAACGGGCCGCAUAUACCAGAAGGCAUUGAGGCCUGCAUUGGCAACACGCCUUUAUUCAAGAUUAAAUCACUUUCAGAAGCAACUGGAUGCGAGAUAUUGGCAAAAGCAGAAUUUCUUAAUGGCGCUGGCGGCAGCCCGAAAGACCGGGUUGCAUUGAGUAUGAUACAAUUGGCUGAGGAGGAAGGCCUCUUGACACCGCAUGCCGGUGAUGUAGUCUACGAAGGCACCGUUGGUUCGACGGGCAUAUCUUUGGCGACUCUGUGCAGAGCCCGAGGAUAUUUAGCACAUAUCUGUAUGCCGAACGAUCAAGCAACAGAAAAAUCUGACCUGCUGCUUAAACUCGGUGCAGAAGUUGAGCGACUCCGCCCUGCCCCUAUUGUCGAUCAGAACCAAUUCGUGAACAAGGCUCGAGCCCGAGCGGAAGAGCAUACUGCAGAUUCCAGUCGACCAGGUCGAGGUUUCUUUGCAGACCAGUUUGAGAAUGGCGCGAAUUGGAGAGCUCAUUUCACCGGUACUGGACCAGAAAUUUAUCGGCAAACUGGAGGAAGAGUAGAUGCAUUUGUAGCCGGGGCGGGCACCGGAGGCACAAUAUCUGGCGUUGCGUUAUAUCUCAAGCCGCGGCUACCAGACAUGAAGGUGGUUCUCGCCGAUCCUCAGGGAAGUGGGCUUUUCAAUCGCGUCAAGUACGGAGUCAUGUUUGAUCCGAAGGAGAGAGAAGGCACAAGGAGGAGACACCAGGUUGACACCAUUGUGGAGGGUAUUGGUAUCAAUCGAGUAACGCAAAACUUUGAGGCUGGCAGAGAUUUAGUCGAUGACGCUGUUAGGGUGAAUGACGAGCAAGCCAAGGCUAUGGCGCGAUGGCUUGUCGAGAAGGAUGGUAUAUUUGUAGGAAGCAGCAGCUCCGUCAACUGCGUGGCAGCGGUGAGAACAGCGCUUGAACUUGGACCCGGCCAUCGGGUCGUGACUAUCCUGUGUGACUCAGGUGCCAGACAUCUUUCGAAGUUCUGGGCAAAAGCAGGUUCUAUAGGUGGAAAGGCCAAUACCAAGCUUGAAGAUGUGCUCAAUGUUGGGCCCACAGAAGAUACUAUCUAAUUAAAAGGUCAUAUAUACUCUAGCUUCACACCAAAGCUCAGUUUUUCUUUCAACCGUAAUCAGUAUCAGUUGGCGGUGCGGAGAAUUGAACCCAGCU